AUGGCCGACUUGGAAGCCGUGCUGGCCGACGUCAGCUACCUGAUGGCCAUGGAGAAGAGCAAGUGCACGCCGGCGGCCAGAGCCAGCAAGAAAAUCGUCUUGCCGGACCCCAGUGUUCGAAGUGUAAUGCACAAAUACCUGGAAAAAAAAGAAGAAGUUAAUUUUGAUAAAAUCUUCAAUCAAGUUUUAGGUUACUUGUUAUUCAAAGAUUUCUGUGAACAUCUACCUGAAGAUGAGCAAAUACCUGAAAUUAACUUUUAUGAUGAGAUCAAAAGGUAUGAAAAAUUAGAAUCAGUCGACGAAAGAAGAAAAUUAGCUAGAGAUAUUUAUGAUAAUUAUAUUAUGAAAGAACUUUUAUCACAUACUCAUAAUUAUCCCAAAGAUGCAGUCGCUCAUGUUCAAAAAUAUUUGAUGAAAAAUGAAGUGCCUGUUAAUUUAUUUGAACCUUAUAUUAAAGUAAUAUUCAAUCAUCUUCGGGAAGAACCUUUUAAAAAAUUUCUAGAAAGUGAUAAAUAUACUAGAUUUUGUCAAUGGAAAAAUUUAGAACUUAAUAUUUCGUUGACCAUGAACGAUUUUAGCGUUCACCGUAUAAUUGGUAGAGGUGGUUUUGGGGAAGUUUAUGGUUGUCGAAAAGCUGAUACUGGCAAGAUGUAUGCGAUGAAAUGCCUUGAUAAAAAACGAAUAAAAAUGAAACAAGGUGAAACACUGGCCUUAAAUGAACGUAUUAUGUUGUCUCUAGUCAGUACAGGGGUGGACUGUCCUUUUAUUGUCUGUAUGACGUAUGCAUUUCAUACACCUGAUAAGCUUUGUUUCAUAUUAGACCUAAUGCAUGGUGGUGAUUUACAUUAUCAUUUAGCACAGCAUGGUGUAUUUAAUGAACUUGAUAUGAAGUUCUAUGCUGCUGAAGUAAUUUUAGGUUUAGAGCAUAUGCACCGACGAUUUAUUGUCUACAGGGACUUAAAACCUGCCAACAUACUAUUAGAUGAGUAUGGACAUGUACGAAUAUCAGAUUUAGGUUUAGCGUGCGACUUUUCUAAAAAGAAACCACAUGCUAGCGUGGGUACACAUGGUUAUAUGGCACCAGAAGUGUUAUCAAAGGGAACAGCUUAUGAUUCAAGUGCAGAUUGGUUUUCUUUUGGUUGUAUGUUAUACAAACUACUUAAGGGUCACAGUCCAUUUAGACAACAUAAAACCAAGGACAAACACGAGAUUGAUCGAAUGACCCUAACAAUGUUUAUGUUGCAGAAUGUAGAACUUCCAGAUUCUUUUUCAAAAAGUUUAAAAGAUCUUUUAGAAGGACUUUUACAACGUGACAUAAAUGAAAGAAUUGGGUGUCGAGGAAGGGGGUCAGAUGAAUUGAAAGAACAUCCUUUUUUUGCGGGACUUGAUUGGCAACAAGUAUAUAUGCAAAAAUAUACACCGCCUCUAAUACCUCCUAGAGGAGAAGUUAAUGCUGCCGAUGCGUUUGAUAUUGGUUCAUUUGAUGAAGAAGACACAAAAGGCAUCAAAUUAACUGAUGCUGAUCAAGAACUGUAUAAGAACUUUUCUAUAACUAUAUCUGAAAGAUGGCAAAAUGAAGUUGCUGAAACAGUAUUUGAAACAGUAAAUUCUGAGGCUGAUAAAGCUGAUCAAAAAAGGAAGUCUAGGCAAAAAAAAUUCAAUGAGCACAAUGAAGAAGAAUCCGACUGCAUUCUUCAUGGAUAUAUUAAAAAAUUAGGUGGACCAUUUGCAUCUGCAUGGCAAACAAGGUAUGCUAAACUGUACCCUAACCGGUUGGAGUUGCAUUCAGAUUCAGGAUCAGUAAAAACUGAAGUUAUCACUUUAGACCAAGUAUUAGAAGUCAGUCCCGAGUUAGUAAUUGUUAAAAAUGAGCAAUGCAUUGUAUUGCGUAUGAAAGAUGGAAAAGAUGGCAAAUUAGUUCUUACCAACAGUGAUGAAAUUGGUUUAAAAGAGUGGGCAUUGUCAUUACGCUCUACACAUAAAUCCACACAUGACCUGUUAAAAAAAUUGAAAAAACCAGGAAAAAUGUUCAUUCAAGAAGAAACUGAUCCACUAACAUCUACUACAAACACCAACGGAAAUUAG